AUGGCACCCUCAGCAGCAGCUUCGACCGUCACAAGCGCCCCCAAGACUGUCAAGGAGGGCACAAUCCGCGUCAAUGGCAACGCCGCGGGCGAUGAGCAACAGCUGUGGGAUCCCAUCGAGACCAAAUAUCGAGACUUCUACUGGACCUACACCGAGGAGCCGCACCGGACACGACGUCUGGCCAUCAUCAAGGCACACCCAGAGGUAACCAAGCUCUGCGGCCCCGAGCCCCUGACCAAGUACGUCGUGCUGCUGGUCGUCAGCAUCCAGAUAGCGUGCGCCUACCUCGUGCGCAACACGCCCUUCUUCUCGCUGCCGUACUGGGCGCUCGCGUACGUGGUGGGCGCGACGGCGAACCAGAACCUGUUCCUCGCCAUCCACGAGAUCAGCCACAACCUGGCCUUCCGGUCGGCGACGGCGAACCGGCUCUUCGCCAUCGUCGCCAACCUGCCCAUCGGCAUCCCCUACAGCGCCUCGUUCCGCCCCUACCACCUGACGCACCACAAGUCGCUCGGCGUCGACGGGCUCGACACGGACCUGCCGACCGCCCUCGAGGCCGUCUUCCUCGACUCCAUCCUCGGCAAGGCCUUCUUCUGCACCUUCCAGAUCUUCUUCUACGCCGUGCGGCCCAUGGCCGUCUACACCAUCCCCUUCACCUGGGUCUCGGCUGCCAACCUGGCGACGCAGCUGCUCUUCGACGCCGUCGUCCUGCGCACCCUCGGCGCCCACGCCCUACUUUACCUCCUGCUGUCCUCCUUCCUGGCCGGCAGCCUGCACCCGCUGGCGGGCCACUUCAUAGCCGAGCACUACGUGUACGAGACAGUGACGCCGGCGCAGGCGAACCCGGACAACCACCAGGCCACCCCCAACAAAGAAGCCAUCGCGCCCGUCCCCGAGACCUUCUCCUACUACGGCCCGCUCAACGCGCUGACCUACAACGUCGGCCUGCACAACGAGCACCACGACUUCCCCGCCGUGCCGUGGACGCGCCUGCCCAAACUGCACGCCAUCGCGCGCGAGUUCUACGCCGACCUGCCCCAGCACCGCAGCUGGACCUACGUCAUCUGGCGCUUCAUCUUCGACGAGAGCGUCGGCCUCCGGUGCCGCGUCAAGCGCAGGGAGGGCGGUCGCCUCGUCGGGCAGGGCCAGAAGACGGCGCCGGCGCCCGAGUGGAAAGAGAGCGAGCUGGAAUCGUGA